GAUUUCCCACGGAAGGUCCAUUCAUAAUAGCGCAACACUCGAAUGGUUGUUUCGUCAGAAAUUCGGUACUCCUUUACGCCCUUCGCGGGUUCCUCGAGAGAGUGAAAGGUUUAAAAGAAAAGCUACAGCAUGGUGUGCGGUUUCCAGCACAUUCAUUCAAGCACGCCAACGGAAAGGAAGUAAAAAUUACACGUUCAAGUUAUUCACAAAGGUUUCUGUGCUCGUGACUACAAACAAAGAAAGGCAAAGCAUUUGUUAAAAAUAGGUGAAAACAGCAUUGCAAACAUCAUUUCCAUGAUGCUGGUGUAAAAGGGCGACAUUUUCACGGAUCAAAGUGACAUACUUUCCGUGAUUUUAUCGUCGCAUUUGCUUCAGUUUCGGGUUUCUGUGCGCCAGCGUGGCACACACUCUUAGUGAGGUUCGCCCUAGAGAAACUUCUAGAACGUCAUCACAACCAUCAUGAGCACCCCCAUCUUUAUCACUGUACCGACCAAGUACAUCCCCAUAAACGUGGCACCGGCGGUUGUGGCAAAGCCGUCGACCACACCAACAAUGGUGAAGCCGUUGGCCAAGCGACCCACCUCGGUUGCUCCGUCAUCGGUGGCUUCGGAUGACGAAUCCUCUUCAAUGGAUGAGUUUAUUGUGCGCGGAAAGAAGCGCCGUCUGGAUCAUCUCACAUGGGAGGAAAAAAUUCAACGAAAGAAGCUAAAAAAUCGUGUCGCUGCACAAACAUCACGCGACCGGAAGAAGGCCAAAAUGGAAGAAAUGGAAAAGACGAUCGAGGAACAGUCGGAACAGAUUAUGCAACUGCAAAACCGUUGCAGUUCAUUGGACACCGAGAAGGGUGCUAUCUACGACAAGUAUCUCGAUCUUGAGCGACGAUUCGAGGAUCUGCAAAAGCGCUUGCUGGCACAGGAGCAGAAGUUGGUGAAAGAGGAACCGCAGGAAGACGACGUUAUCGCUGGUGACAGUGUGGGUUGCGUUACUGCCGGGCGCCAAUCGGGAUCAGCAGCAUCCCCAAGAUGCUCAGCAGCAGGGACUGUACAAGUGCGGUCCGGCGGAAGCGCAAACGACACUGCCCCCGACAGCGAACGAUCCUCGGCUAUCGGCCAUCUGGAAGAUCAUUGCGAUCUGCCUACUCUACAAGACAUGUUCGAAAAUUUCGACGUGUCCCACCUCGAAGAACUUGCCGAAAGCCUACUCGCAGGUAUCGGCGCAGACCUGGAAGACAUUGAUCGCGCAAGCCGCUCGGCUGAUGCCAAAAGCGAGCGCACCAGCCAGCGCCUGUCUGGAUCAGUGGUGGGGCCCACAACAGCAAUCGUGGAAUCCGGUCGACCGGAGACCCCUACGGGGAAUCGCCUAAUUCUUACCACGCACAACUACAGCAAGUCCCCGUUUUACGAGUUAGCUGAUGCACCACAGCUAAAGCAGGAACAGGAGGAACACGAAACGUGUCCCGAUCCUGCGAUCACCUUGCAGAAUACGCAACCUGCAGCGAUACUACCGAAUAGUGAUACACUUUACGGCACGUACGACAACGAAACGAACAGCAUAACGAUCGUGCUGGCAGACGAUGAGGCAGUCAGCGAAACGACAGUUACUUGCAUGGAUGGACAGGAUGUCGACGGGCCAAGCGAAGAAAUAAUCCUGCUUGAACAUAUAGAGCAUGCGGAGGAAGAGACGAUGGAAACAACCGUCAGUCCGACACCUCUCUCGUCGGUACCAUUAUCUCCACUUCCUCCCAUCACAAUAAGGUCACCAUCGCCACUGCGAGAUCUCCUAUCGCCAAUUUCGCAACAACCGCUCAAGAGUCCUGGUGGAUUCUCUAGCGUUUCUGACGCCGGAUACGAAUCGCUCGGCUCGCCUACCCCGGCCUCCAAUGCCAGCGAAACGAUACCAUCCGAUCCCUACACGAUGUCUCUCGAUUAUGCGUUAGGCGAUGAUUUUAACGAGUUUUGGAAUUUAGAUCCACUAUUUCCAAUUUUGGAGUAGAGUUGUAGUCAAAAUCAAUUCCUUUCUCGAAGAAAGUACGUUCGAACAUCAUGACCAUCGCACCGGUGUCUUUCGGCGGUGUCAAUGCCCGUUUUUCGUUGUACAAAGCUUUAAUAAGCAAAGUUUUAAUAGUUAAAUCGUUAACUUUCGUUGUACAUUUGUUAUGUGUUUCUUUGAUGGUAUUUAUACACCUGAACACAACAACCCUCUAUGUGUUAAGCAAGCCAGGGUGAAAAUGUACGUAUUAGCAUGUCUAACGAAGCCGUAGAUUGUAUCAUUAUUUAAGUAAGGAUCUCUGAUAAGUUUAGGUGCAAUAGCUUUGUGGUAACAUUUAAUAAUUACAAUAAUGGGUUCACAAUUUUAAGUUCAACAUUUGCACAUCAAACUCCUAGUGGCUUUGUUGAAAAUUUGUGCAUUCUGUUCUUCUAAUUAACUUGUUAAAAUGAGCGAAGUGGGAGUUGGCUGACCGUUUACGUUGCACGUAUGUCUAUGGGCAAAUAAUCGAUGUGAAAAAAGAAAUAAAAAUAAAAUUCCUUCACACAA